AUGAUGAACAUUGUUUUUGUUACAGGGGCCAGGGCCCAGGAGUUCCAGCUGCUGCAGCCCCAGGACUCUGUGUCGGUGUCAGCGGGAGAGACUUUCACACUGACCUGCUCUGUGACUGGGCUCGCUCCACCAGGACCCGUGAAGUGGUGCAAGGGCUUAUGCAGUGGCCGCCAGCUCGUUUAUGCAGACACGGGAUCAUUCCCCCGCGUGACGCGGGCUGUGAGUGGCUCUGACACAGACUUCACCAUCCGCAUCAGUGACACCCGCCCCGAGGACGCCGGGACCUAUCACUGUGUGAAGUUUAAGAAGGGGUCUCCCGAUGAGGAGUUCAGAUCCGGCGCUGGCACGGCCGUGUCUGUGCGCGCCAAACCGUCGGCCCCGUCCGUGUCCGGCCCCCCCAGCAGGGCAGAGCCGGGUCCCCAAGUGACUUUCACCUGCACGUCAGGAGGAUUCUCCCCCAGAGACAUCGCUGUGACCUGGCUCAAAAAUGGGACCAAACUCCCAGACCCCCAGACCCAGGUUCUCCCUGCACACGAGAACGUCUCCUACAGCGUGUCCAGCACCGUGGGAGUGAGGCUGACUGCAGGAGACGCCCGCUCCCAGCUCACCUGUCAGAUAGAGCACAGCACCUUACCGGAUCCCCUGCGUGCGACUUACAACCUCAGCGAUGCCCUGCGAGUUCCACCCAGGCUGCGAGUGAGCACUGCCCCAGCCGCGCCCGUCGCACUGAACGAGUCUGUGACGUUCACCUGCCGCGUGGAGGGGUUUUACCCAAACAAAUCGAGUCUCACCUGGCUGGAGAACGGAACAGAGACGAAUCUGGGAAAAUCCUCCCCCCUGGCUGAGAAUCCAGACGGGACGUACACGCUCCAGAGCUCCCUGGCUGAGAAUCCAGACGGGACGUACACGCUCCAGAGCUCCCUGGAGGUCAAAGCAACUGAGCAGAGGAAUCAGUCUGUGUUCACCUGUCGGGUUGUGCACGAUUCCCAGCCCCCCGUCAGUGCCAGCGAGACGCUGAAAAUCUCCCAGCCACCUUCUGAGGCUUCACCUACUGCAGAGACAACUGAAGAAAAAAAGAUCUACAUAGCAGUAGCAGUGGUUUGUGCAGUGCUGGUUGUACUGGUAAUCGCUGUCAUCUACCUCAUCAGAGCACGACAGCGCAAAGGAAAAAGCUCCCCUUCUGUAAGGCUACACGAGCCCGAGAAGAGCCCCAGCACAGCUCCCCAGGAUUCUGAUCCCAACAACCUGACCUACGCAGACCUGAACUUUGACAACCGGAAGAAGAGGAGGAGCCCGCCCCGGCUGGUGGAGAUGAGCCCGCAGUCGGAAUACGCCUGCAUCCAGCCGGCAGCCACUGAAAACAAUCUCACCUACGCUGACCUGGACAUGGUGCACCUCAGCAAGUCACCCAAGAGACCUGCCCCCCGGCCCGAGGAAGCCGUCUCGGAGUACGCCAGCGUCCAGAUCCAAAGGAAAUGAUCAGGGCUGAAAGCAGUCCGGGGCUCACUGGGUUUUCGGUGAAGUCUGGACAUGGAGCCCUGGUCCUCCGACACUGGCUCUCAGUGGAGGCACCAGGACCACAGUGGAAGGGUGCGCCAAGCCAUGGGCACUGCAUUCCUGGGUCUGGAAUGCUUCACACAGCAUGCGGAAGCCUCCCCAUGCCACCGUGUCCUCACUUGAGUUAAUACCAACUUCCACACCCGGCCCAGACUAAGCUCAGACCCUCACACAGUGCAGCUUUUAUGUCUGGACCAGUAUCUCUGCUAUUCCCCCUCUACUCUCCCGGUGAUUUGUCACAAGACUGGAGAGAUCCUUCGCUCGGUGCACCGAGUUUGUUUUCACACGUGUUAAGCAGACAGACUGUUCUCAGUGCUUCGCUGGUGCAGUGGCCUGCUCCACCUCGUAACCUCUCCAGACAAGGGCUGUGUCAGUCUAGUGAACACCUGAGUUUCUCUGCAGCCAAUUUAGCACAUUGUGUGCGUGGAAGAACCAGCCAGGCAGCCUCAGAUCAGCCACCUGAAGGAGAGGAGGCCGUUUUGGGAGAUAACUUAGUGGCAGAGAGCUGUCUGGCAGCAGGCGCUGGACUGCUGUUCUCAAGGCAACAUAAGCCAGCUAGCUUGCCUGUUGGAAUCCCUCUGUGAAGAGCUGACACUGAUCUGGAGUGACUACUCCCUCCCCCUGCUCCAGAACCCGCGUCUGAACGAGACUGCUCAUUUUAGGCCCAGAUUUCCUUCCAAACUAAGUGUGUCAUAAGUAAUUCCUUAAGUUUCCCCCUCCCCAAUCAUCCCAUCCUUGGGGCAGUAUGUUAAGACCAGUGACCCCCUCGUGCCCCUGAGGGUUGAGCACCAGGCUGUGUCUCUCAUGCUCUGCAAUCAGAUCAACAAAGUGAGGAUGUUUCUCAGCACCAGAGCACCUUGGGCUGGGGAACGCAGCCUGCGGAGCUCCCUGGGCAGAGUGGGAGCCAACCCAGGAGCCAAGCACAAGCUACACUAGUCGAGCUACUAGGCACCACUGCUCCCAGGCCUGUGUUCCCCAGCACAGAGCAUCCUCAUUGCCAACCACAGAGCUUAUCCUCACGAGACUGGGACCAACGGGCUUCCUAAGGAAGCUUGUGCUAGCCGGGGUGGGGGAAGAGGCUAGCCAACCUCUACUGCCAGAGCACAGGCUAAUCCCAGGGCUAUGCUGCCUUUCUGCACUUCCUGCUGGCCAGUUCAUCCAGCACUCCCGGCCCCAGUGCCUGGAAGGAAGAAGAAAGCCUUGAUGCAUGGGGGAGGGCAUCCCCCGGAGAACAACGUCACCGUGUUAUGACUGUUUGACAUGUAACUGUUAAUCUUUAGAGCUAAAAGCCAAUGCUUGUGUGUCGUCCAUGGGUGGAGUGCUGUGUGUUCAUCACUAGGGUGAGACGUGCAAAACUAAGUGUCAGAGUCAGCGUGCUAAUCCCCAGCCCUGUCAAGUGAAGUUCUGGUAAGCUGUCCCAUCAGCGCUGCGGGGAGGGGAGCGGAUUUCUGAUUUACCGGCCUAGCAAAGAAAAGUGACAAACGAAGCUGAAAUGCAGCCACGAGUGGCAUUUCAGAAGCAGCCGUCUUCCCGAGUUUCUCCAUGGGAGGUUGCAGAUAAUGCACAGGUUCCAUUUUCACCGUAUCCCUAGGAUUCAGGUUUCAAGAGUCCCAGGGCCAGGAAGAGCUGGGCCAGGCAGCUGGCACUCCAGGCAGUGGAUUAUACCCGUUUACGCCAGGCCUGAAUGUAGCCCCUUUGCCCAGUUAUUGUGAUGGCCAAAUGCCCUUUCACUGCCCUCCUUUCCUCAGCAGUAUUAACGGGAACACACGGGAUCUGUGGUACCAUUCCUUGGAAGGAGGGCAGCCGAGGGAGAAAUAAUCUAGCACUAAGACGUGUUGGAAACCAGUUGUAUUCUAGCUGCUUGAUCCUGCAGGGAGCAGGGGAAGAGGAAGGGGAAGCCAGGAGAUCUAGACAGGAUGUUUCAAAACCAACAAGGUGGCCACUUGUACAGAUUGCAACAUUAUUUUUUUGUUGUGUUUUGCUUGCAGGAUAUUUUUGUAAUAAAAAGUUCAAAGUUC